UUGUGUUGGUAUGUGUUUUCCAUUUUUGUUGGCUUUUCAGCAGCAUUCUUCCAAAAAUGGCGAUCGCAUCCUCUAAAUGGGUCUAAGCUAUUUGUUAAUUCGCAAGUUGUCGGCACCUUUUGGAAAGGUGUCAUAGCCUCAUGGCCUCUCUCGCACUUGUGCCCUCGCCUCGAGCCGGAAGACGUUUCCUGGAGCCAACCCUACCGCGUCCGUUACUCGGCGUCUCCGAAGAACCUCGCUUGGGCCCCAUUGUGCUGCAUGUUUGAGUCUUGUGGGUGUCCACUUGUAGCUGACCUCCACCCGGGCUCCAGUGGUACCGAUCAAAUCAGAUUGCGGAACACCGGCUUUCCCCGAAUCCCCUCGAGUGGGAGCCAAUAUCUUAGCCGGCCUGGAACCUCACCGAUUGAUCAAGGCAGACUCGAUGCCUGGAUUGCAAUAAAUCAGACCUUAUGGAUCAAUAGCGAGACUGACCAGAUCAACUAA